GUUAGCGCUGCUGCUACUGCUGGUUAACUUAGCUAACUGGUUAAACUUCACCAACCAGCUGGUUAACGGAGUCAGAAUCAUCGUGAUGACGGAGCUGUGACGUCUCCAGGUGUUUGUGUCGUCAUGACCGUCCGCUUCAAGGGUGAGAGUGAAUACAGGAAGAGCUACAGGCUUCCUCCUCGCUCCAGGAGUGUUUCUCCUCAGCGCUGCGUCCCGCUGGCCGGCCUGCGCUCCGACCACAUGGGUGUCAGCAGAGAACCGUGUCUCCAGCGCCGGAGGAAGCUCGGCCCCGGGGGUCCUGGGGGUCCUGGUGGUCCUGGUGGUCUCGGUGGUCUUGGUGGUCCUGGUGGUCUCAGUCAGUCCUGCAGCUCUCUGCUCCGUCCUUCAGAUCCCCAGCCCCCCCUCACUGAGCCGACUGAGAAGAGAACAGCUCCCUCUGCUGCCUCCAGGAGUCGCUCAGCCCUCAGGAAGGAGCCGACUCCUCCUGGAGAAGGAGCUGACCCUCCUCCAGAGGCUGAACCACCAGCAGGACCCAGACCUGCUGCAGACCCCGGACCACCAGGAGAACCAGGAGCUGCUGGAAAACCUGAGAAGCCCCGCCCCUCCAAACACGACAGCCAAUCACAGCCCAGCCGACCUCUGACAGCAGCCCCUGACGGACAGCAGCCCUCGACCAAUGACGUUCAUCACGCUCUGCGGUGGCGGGCGGGGCUGAGGGCCGGAGGUCAAAGGUCAGGAACUCAGAGGUCAGAGUACCACAGACAGUUCGGCUGGAAGAAACCUGAAACUUGUGCUUCCCCUCUGCUGACUGCAGAACAGGUGCUCUACUCCAGCAGCAGGUCUGUGCCCCCCUUUAAGAAACACCCCGUUCCCAUGGAAACGGAGUACCGCCGCUGCUUCCAGGGUCGGGCGCCGCCGGCCACGCCCCGCCUCCGCAAACACCAGGACCUCCAUCACAGAGUCCCUCUGUUCCACACGCAGACGGCAAACAAGAAGAGGAGGCAGGAGUCAGAGCCCCGCCCCAAACAGGAAGACCCCGCCCCCCAGAACGAGGAGGCCACGCCCCCUCCUCAGGUGCAGACAGGACACAGGAUCCUAGAAGGAGGCGGAGCCCCGGAGGCCGACGCCCUUCAGGCGAGGGCUCUGAGGCAGCAGGCCUCGUGGUACCGCCGCCGGGCCUGGGGCGCCAACUUCUCCAGAGACCACCUGAGCCAGCUGCUGUCUGAACACAACGCUCUGUGGGAGCCCAGCGACACCACAGGCUCCGCCUCCGACCCCCCGACCCCCCGCAUGACCUCUGACCUCCGUCCGGACCGGGUCAGCCGCAGCGUUUCCCCGGUGGAGGCUCUGGACCUGGCCAGCCGCUCCAGUAACUCCAGUCAGAGAUCGUCUGUUUCAGGGAGGAAAAACACUCAAAUAAAAGCACAAACACCUCCGAGUCCUCCUGCUGACAGACGCACCGCCUGGGGAGGAGCAGAAGAAGAAGAAGACACAGACGAGGAGGAGGGCAGGUUACCGACUCCGAGGCUGAAGAUCCGUCCGGUUCAGAGAACUCACCACGACCUCACCACACCUGCCACAGGAGGAGCUAUACUGGUGGGAAAACUGAAGAUCAGCGAUGAAUCUUCUCUAUACAAACAGAGGAGUGGGUCGUCUGUUUCCGUGGCGAUGCAGGCGGAGCUCGACGUGCCCGUCAAACCGAAGGAGGCGUGGUCAGAUAAUAACCCCGCCUCCUCCUCCUCUGGCCCCGCCCCCGACCGCAAACCAGCCGCAAGUCCAGCCUCUAAACCAAUCAGGACGAAGCAGACGCCUUCCCCCGUAGCUCCGCCCCCUCUGGUCCCGCCCCCGCAGCACGGUAUCCAUGGCACCCUGAGACACGCCGACUUCCAGCACAACGGUGAUCUGGGUCUGAGGUUCAGGGAGCUGCAGUGUUCCGGAGGCUGCGGCUCCGACGAAGAGGAUCGUCUGUCGGUGAUGUCAUGGCGCUCGGCGGCGUCCUGCUCGAUGGCGUCCUCGGUGUUGGAGCGCGCUCAGAAGAGACGAGAGAACUUCUGGGGGAAGAGAUGACCUCCGACCUCCUGACGUCGCCACGGCAACCAGCGUGAUGUCACCACAGCUGAGUCCAUCACUGAUCAAUAACUACUGAUAACGCUGUAUUUUUAUAGAUUCAACAGAUUAAUUUAAACAUCAUGUAUUUUUAUAGCUGCUGAUCAUUUAGUUUUAUAUGAAUUUAGAAAUCAGGUUUGUUCAAUAAUUAUGUUAAUUUAGUCAUUUUGUUGCUUUAAUGUGAGAUUAAUGAGAUCAAAGUCAUAAAAGUGACACAAACAUGAAUCUGUUUUUGUUUUCACGUCGUUACAGACGAUGAAAAUCUGAAAUAUUUGAAGUCAAGUUAGAAAAAAAAGAACACAAAUGUGAAAAAGUUUCUUUAAAUCUGAUUAAAAUGUCGAUUUAUUUGUUUCAAAGUUGCAUCACAAACUUUUCUAUCAUGUUUUUCUCAAGAAUCAAACAAACAAACUGUAACGUUUCAAACUUUUCCAUGAAAGAAAAAGAAAAACACACAAACGAGGCGUUUCAUGUACAAAAUAAAAGACAAACAAUGUGAUUUUAAAUGGAAAUUAUUGUCCACAUGGAUUUAAUUCAUGAUGUUACACACGUGAUCCAUUUCAGUCUGAAUUAUAUUUAUUUUUAUAGGAUAUUAUUCCAAUAGUUUCUUUCAUUUCUGCAGAAAAACACUGGAUGAUAACUUGUUGUUAUUGACAGACUUUUAAUUGAAAACUGUAAAAAACAAUAUAUUUCAUGUUCAAAAUGGACAAACUUGUGUUUUUUUUGUGAAUAUAAACUCUGAAUUCUGAA